AUGGUCGAUGAUUGCAAAAACUUUAGGACUCGAAUUAACAGCUAUAUAGGAGAAUAUGACGCUGACAUGGUGAUCAAUAGGUUGACCGACAAAAAACAGUAUUUAGUUGAUUUUUCGUUUGAAUAUUCUGUUGACGACGAUAAACGGUUAACUGGUUUAUUCUGGGCCGAUGGGUUAUGCAAGCGUAACUUUAUGGAGUUCGGGGUUGUGAUAUCGUUCGAUGCAACUUUCAAGACAAACAAGUACAAGAUGGUGUUUGUUCCGUUCACUGGGAUUGACAACCACUUUCGAAAUGUAACCCUUGGAGUUGGGUUGUUGGCAUCGGAGAGCAUUGACUCUUAUAAAUGGCUUCUCAAUUCAUUCGUAAAGUCGUUUGGACGGAAGCCAAAGGUUAUAGUAACGGACCAAGACCCUGCGAUGAAACAGGCUAUUGAGGAGGUUUUUUCUACCAGCAGACACAGAUUGUGCAUGUGGCACAUAAUGAAAAAAGUGGCAGAUAAGGUUGGACACGGGUUGUGCAAUAAUGAUGAUUUUAAAAGGAGGAUGUGUGAUAUUGUAUGGACUGAUUCCAUUGAGCCUGAAGAAUUUGAGAGACAGUGGAAGUUGGUGGCAAAUUCACAACUCACUAUUGUAGAGUUUAUGAAUCAUUUUGACGAAGCAAUGGAUGUCCAAAGGUUCAAUCACAAAAAGAAUGAUCAUAUUUCAAGAUAUACUGAGCCUGAUGAUUGGAGCAAAACUACUUUGGAAAAAGAUGAUGCUAAGAUAUACACCAGGUCUAUAUUCUUUGAUCAGCAAACAGAGAUAUAUGGAACUAUUACUGAAUGUCUGCCGAUGGACACCAAAAUCGAGGGUCCACAGAUAAGGAUACCGUUGAAAGACUUUAAAGCUCAGGGAGAUGGGUUGUUAAAGAGAUGGACAAAGGAUGUGGUCCCGAAUGAAUUAAAUGCGACGUUCGAUGUAAAGGUGGAUGAUAAGGAUGAGCAACACAAGGCUAAACAGAUUGCUCGUGAAAUCAUCCACACAGGGGAGUAUUUAGUUAGCAAUUUGAUAUCCGGCCUUGAUCAACUUGUUUUAGUCAGGGAUGAAAUGAAGCAAAUUAAAGAAAAAGUUGAUCAGAGUCGUAUAACCAAGCUGCUUGAUCCAAAGUUUGACCGGUUUUCAAAGCUCAUUGGUUACCAACAACCAGUAACUAAUGCACCUCCUAUUGUCCGUGUGCCGGCUGGUAUAAGAAACAAAGGACGUGGCUCGCAUAAAAGGAUUAAAUCGAAGAAGGAACAAAUGAUUAGCCGCAAAGGAAAAAGGCAUAAAGCCAACGAGGUCGAAGACGAUGAAGAUGAAGAUGAGUUUGAAGAUCACAGUGGUGGUAGUGAUGAUGGCAGUGAAGAAGGUGAGUGGGAGGAGGUUUCAGACGAGGAAGAUUAA